AUGGCUUUCCUAGACAAAGACCUCUUCUCCCUUCUUCUAGAAGCAAUAAAUCAACCAGCUAAGGAAGCUAUCAGGCUUCCAAUUAACAAAAGCUACCUGAGUUCAAGUUCACAGAUCUGUCUCAGGUUUGAUCAAAAACGACCAACAGCUACUCCCAAAGACACCCUCGAAGGCUUCGUCUUUGGCAGUGAAAGAAGGAAAUGCGACGUAUUACUUGGUGGAACCUCGGCAGGAAUCAGCAAACGUCAUUUCAGUAUCAACCUCAACCAGGAUGGUAAAUUUAUGCUUACGGACACUUCCUCGAACGGAACAAUCAUUAAAUACAAUUGGCAGAGGAUGCCCCGAAAAAAUUCUCAAAGCGUCCUUCCAGAAGACCGGAAUAUUACUAUUGAAGUGCUAGACCUACAGUUUAGACUCCAUUUCCCCUUAUUGUCGCCGGAAAAGGAUCGUGCUGAGCGUUCGGCGUAUCUCAAUGAUCAGCGACUUGCCUUGCCUUCCAUGCACUCCCUGGACUUCCACUCACAGGAGCACACCCAGACCGCUCCGAGCCGGGCAAAGUCACCAGAACGUAAGGCAGAAUCACCGGAACGCAAGCGAGAGUUUCUGGAAUACGGACAUCUUGGUUCAGGCCCUGAUUCAGAUGUGGUUGAGAUGAAGGAUAUCAGCACGGGAGCCAUGUAUGCCGGGAAGAGAUCCACUCGCAGGGACUUCCUGAGAAGGGAGCUAGAUAUCCUGAAGCAGCUCAUUCAUCUGCAUAUAACUGAAUUCGAGUGUUCAUACGAAGAUGAAGAAGGUGAUCUAUAUAUUAUCAUGAAUAUUGUGCAGUAUGGAGAUCUUGGUGAAUACCUUGCCCAAGGUAAAAACCCUCUGAUUGAUUCUGCAAGCCUUCUUCAUCAGGGAUUUCUUGCUAUCCAGUAUCUGCACGGAAAUGGAGUUGUCCACAGGGAUAUCUGGCCCAAAAACAUUUUGCUCCAGAAUCUUCAUCCCCUGCACAUUAGGCUCACCGACUUCAAUAUGUCUGAGCGAGUUGAAGAGCUUCAGCAUCGACGAUCUCGCACCAUCUACUCAGCUCCGGAAAUAUCCAAUAGCGGUACGUUGACACCCUUUAUUGACAUAUGGUCACUUGGGAUAGUCGUGUACAUUUUGCACAAAGAAAUAUGCCUGGAUCGCUCGGUGGCAGCAAAAGCGCAAGGUCAACUCAUGGCAAAUAUAGCGGAAGAAUUUGCUUCCGAUCCUGGCUCUCUGGGAUUUGCCUGCGCUAAGAUGAUACUUAUGGACCCACAAAGUCGCAUAGACGUAGCAGCAGGCAUCGACGCCUCAGCACGUCUUGUCCCUCAACCUCGAUCGCGGGACAUCGCAAGUAACGAAGAACCCCACGGACUUGCCCGCAGCAAGAGUGAGAAGAAAAGUGGGCAAAAGCAUCCUUUCUCGCCUAGUGGCUCAGACAAUCAACCCAAACGCAGAAGGAAGAGGGACUAA